GGAAGGGAGCGGGUCGGUAGCAACAGUUGCCCUGGUGAGGACGAAGCGCCAUAGCCGCGGUAGCCGUGGCGACAAGAACCCAGCAACGAGAAUCAACAACAAUAACAACUGAAUCCGCAAUAAAAGUAAAAGGAGAUAUUUUCCAGUGGGAAAUACACACGUGGAACCAGAGGUGACGCUUUUAAUUGAUUCCCAGCUCCUGUAAUGGCCACCUCAGGCUAUGUUGGUGAGAUCCAAACAGCAGCCCAAUCCCAGGGCACUGGUGUUACUGCCACGCUGGGUCAACUUGAGACCAGCUCUACCCCUGCAACUGCCCCUCAGUUUCUAUCUGAGAUUCAGACUACCGUGGCUGCUCCCGUUGGCACACCCACAGGCCAAGCUACUCCAACUGAGCAAGCCACCUCCAUCACCAGUCAGAAGCCUGGUAGUCCAGACCAGUCCACAUCACAGGCCCAGCCGACACAGACACAGUAUGUGACUGCAGAGAUCCAGGAUUCCCCUACACAGUCUGGAAAUGCUCAAAGCACUCCUCAGUACAUUGUUGUUACUGUCACAGAGGGUUCCCUUCACUCAAGUGACAGUGUGUCUGACUCCAGUCCCCCUCCAGCAGUGGUGCAGACAGGAGUUCCAACCCAGGUUGUUCAACAGACAGCUCAACAGAGGUCUGUUCUUCAGGCCACCUCCCAGAUAGCCAAGACUGAACCCAGCACACAGCUUAAUGUCACCAAUCUACAACCUGUUCAUAUCACCCAGGAGGUCCAGCAGCAUCUCACAUCAGUGGCAGUGCAACAUGUAUACACCAAUCAAGUGCAGUAUGUGGAAGGAGGAGACACAAACUACACAACCAGCACCAUUCGUUCCAGCACUUUCCCUUAUGCUGACAACCCCCUGUUCACCCAGACCUCAGCUACACAAUAUUAUGAAGGUCAGCCAACUUCAGGGUCACAGGCGUCCACCGCUGGUACACCUCUGACUGUCUCUGUGACUACCGGCACUACAGGGGGUGUGUCCAUGUUUGUGGCCCAGCCCUCUAGUGCAGCGGGAGAAGGGACCACUGUGGUGACAUCAGGUGGUACCAACAAUGGGUCAGAGGAUGGGGCAGCCACCAACAGUGGCACAGCAACCAACUAUGUGAUCCAGGGGGGUUACAUGCUGGGCAGCAGCACCAGUGGAGGGACAUCUGGCAACAGUCAGAACUACUCACACACUGCCCGCGCAUCCCCAGCCACUGUGAGUAUUACUGAGGGCGAGGAGAGUAGUGUGCCGUCGGCAGACAAAAAGGUACAGUGGUUGCUGGACAACUACGAAACAGCUGAAGGAGUGAGUCUGCCACGUUCUACUCUUUACUGCCACUACCUGCUGCACUGCCAAGAGCAGAAACUAGAGCCCGUUAAUGCUGCAUCUUUCGGGAAACUCAUUAGAUCUGUUUUCAUGGGCCUACGCACACGACGCCUGGGUACACGCGGUAACUCUAAAUACCACUAUUAUGGGCUGAGAAUCAAGGCAGGCUCGUCUCUUCUCCGUUUGAUGGAAGACCAACAACACCUUGCCAUGAGGCAACAACCAUUCUCACAGAAACAGAGGUUAAAGCCUGUCCAUAAAGUGGAGGGAAUGACCAAUGGCACAGCAGCUGGAGCAGGACAGCAGCAGCAACAUCAGCAGGGGUCAGGUCAUGUGGACAUCAGCAGCCAGGUCCAGCAGUACCAGCAGUUCUUAGAUGCUUCUAGAUCCCUCCCAGAGUUCCCAGACAUCAACCUUGACAGCAGGUCUCUGCCGGAAGGCAUUGAGAUGGAGCACAUAAAAAGUUUUCAGCUGCUGUACAGGGAAAACUGUGAGGCCAUACUGGACGUGAUCGUUAACCUGCAGUUUACCCUGGUGGAGACUUUGUGGAAGACAUUCUGGAGGUACAGCCAAAGUCAGGCUGGAGAUGCCACGUUGGCUGUUCAUGAUGAGUCAGAGAAGCGUCUCCCAAAAUCCUGCCUGGUGUUGCUGUGCAAGUAUGAGCCCGUGCUGCGCUGGAGUCGAGACUGUGACAACAGCCUCUACCAAGGCCUGGUGGAGAUCCUUAUCCCAGAUGUCCUUAGACCCAUCCCUAGUGCCUUAACUCAAGCCAUCCGCAAUUUUGCCAAGAGCCUGGAGAGCUGGCUAACAAAUGCCAUGAUGAACAUCCCGGAGGAAAUGGUCCGCAUCAAGGCAACGUCAGCCAAUGCAUUUGCUCAGACACUGCGUCGCUACACCAGCCUGAACCACCUAGCCCAGGCUGCCCGCGCUGUCCUCCAGAACACAGCUCAGAUCAGCCAGAUGUUGUCCGACCUGAACCGCGUUGACUUUGCUAACGUCCAGGAACAGGCUUCAUGGGUGUGCCGCUGCGAAGAUCGUGUUGUCCAGCAGUUGGAGCAGGACUUCAAACUGACCCUUCAGCAACAGAACUCAUUGGAACAGUGGGCUGCUUGGCUUGAUAAUGUGGUCUCCCAGGUCCUAAAGCCAUACCAGGAAAGCCCUGCCUUUCCUAAGGCCGCAAAGCUCUUCCUUCUGAAGUGGUCCUUUUACAGCUCCAUGGUGAUAAGAGACCUGACCCUGCGGAGUGCAGCCAGUUUUGGAUCCUUUCACCUGAUCCGUUUGCUUUAUGACGAGUAUAUGUACUACCUUAUAGAGCACAGAGUGGCACUGGCUAAAGGAGAGACCCCCAUUGCUGUUAUGGGAGAGUUUGCCAGUCUAGGACGGGGUCUGAACCAAGUAGAUCCUGACAAAGAGGAGGAAGAGGAAGAGGAAGAGGAGAGUGAUGAAGAAGGCCAGGAGCUGUCCCUUCCUUCAGAUGGGGCUGUGCUAGGAGAGGAGUCACUUGAACCACCUGCCAAGCUGGCAAGAACUGACCAGAGAGUCCUCUUCUCCUCUGGGUCAGGUGAUAAUUAAUCACUGGGCUGAUUAUAUAAUUGUACACAAACAAACAGAUGUACAAAGAACAUUAAUUUAUACACCACAUGUGUACAUACUGUAGAUUUUGUGAAACAAUCCGUAACUGCUGCUGCCUGGAUGGCACAAUCAAUUUUGGCACCAUUGAUUAAAUUAAUAGGGUGUGGCUUGAGAAGCAUAAUGUUUCAUGUUUCUCUUCACAUUAAGAGAAGCAUAGAACAUUUAAAUCCUUGGAUGAAUCUGGAAAAAAUAAGUAAAACUAGGCAUGUUUUAUGUGUGUCAUUGCAUUACACCCUGUACCCUUGCUGUCUUCUUUCUGAUAAACUUAUGCUCCCCAUACAUCCUCCUAAAACUGUAAUUCCUGGAACAUCUGGAAUAUUUUAAAUACCAGUCUGAUAGUGAAUUAACAGCAGAUUCAACAGCAGGAGGCUGCAAAAUAAACUUAACUGGUAAAUGGUUAAUUUAAUUGCUACUAAUAUGUUAAAUGUUAUGGUGAAACAGAAGGCAUGAGAUGUUUGUGACAGCAGGCAGAUGGGAUUUCAGGUGGGUUUGUCUAGUGUGUGUGUGCCUGUCUGCUUUCUUGUUUCUGAAAGCUCAUUGAACAUGCUUUUCGUGUUUGUUUGAUUGUGAGCCAUGUCAAGUGUUGACUGUUGUAGAUAUUUUCUAAGGCAUUACAUUUUAAUUUGGGAGGCCUAUUUAUAUUUUCAGUUUCUUCUUUUAUUCGGAUGUAAAGGAAAUGUUCUUGUGUUCUGAAGAGUGCCUGUUGCAGCUGUUACACACACUUGUAAAGAUAAAUCUAUGACUGUGGAAUAGGGACUCCCAUUAAUUGCUGCAAAAAACAUCUUUCCUUCUUAAACAUGUGAUUCUAUGAGAGAGGUACUGUAGACAUCACAUUUUAUGUUCAAAAUGCUUAAAUGUUAUACAUAUAGUAAGUUCCUAAGUUUCUCUGUGGCCUCAUAUUCCUUUGCCUCAUUUAUAUAUAUUUUUCCAUGUCUGUGGCAAGCUUUUGUGGCAAUUUGCUCUGAUCACAAAUCAUUAAUUUUAAAUGUUGUUUUUUUUUUCUCUGUUUUGAGGACUGUGCCUGAAUAAGAAUGGUGAUAUUAUCAUAUUCUACUGUAUAUUUGUUUUGUUUUGUUUGUUUUGUUGUGCAGUGUAUGGUGAUGUGUUGUCACAUAUUAUAAGCAGAAUUUGUGUGCUAUAUUGAUUUGAGAUUCUCCAUCCAGUUGUCAAUUCUAUAUCAUGUCUGAUGAUUUGUCCACAAACAGGCUAAGGCCCUGCCUCUUUGCACAUGUUGAAUAUUGUCUUUUAAAUGUUCAGUUAUUUGAAAUGUUUUUAAUUUUCUCUGAAUCUUAGUUGCAUUUUUAAUGGUGAGGUGGAGGUGUCUGAUUUUAUUCAUAUACCUCGUACCACCAAGUGUUUAGAAAAUUUGAUGAGAGCAGUCCUCCACCAACAUUAAUUUCCUUCAUCUCAAUGCAUUUCUGCCCCUCUGCCAAUGGCUUAGUUUUGUUUCAAACAUCCAUGUUCUUAAACACCGUUCAUUGAGACAGGUUGUCGUAAACGUGUCCCUUUUUUAAAAGUUUUUUUUUUUUAAUGCAGUCUUAAAAUUGCUGCCACACCUGUUUUAACAGGUAUUGCCAGCCCUAAACCAGCACAUUAUCUUUUAUAUUGAGUCUAAAGCUACCACUAAUGAGUAGAUAUCAUUCCAGUCUUUUAAUUUUCUAGAGCAGAGAAAAUGGCCAUUGUUUACCCAAUCAUUUUAUAGUGCACAAUCUUUCAUGUAUAAACGGAGAAGAAAGAGGCAGUGUUUUAUGACUUUUGUUUUGCUAAUCAGUAGGAUUGUGCCUUUGGAGGUGGUAGAAUGCAAUUAAAAUGUUUUAAUUUUAAACAAAUACAUUAAAGAAUUUUUGAAUUGCA